AGAUGACGAAUACAUGCAGUAGAAUAUUCUCCAAUAGAAUUUUGCAAUAGGUGUUGCAUAUAAAUUUGAGGAGCGCUACACACUAUUAUCAGUUGCUCUUUGUUCGCAAGUAGAGAAGGAGGAAAGUUAUUGCAUUUGUGUAGUUAAGGGAAAAUAUACGACUUAUUCAUUAAAAUGCAGAUAUUUGUAAAGACGCUAACAGGCAAGACAAUCACUUUGGAGGUAGAGCCUAGCGACACCAUAGAGAACGUCAAAGCUAAAAUCCAAGAUAAGGAGGGAAUUCCACCUGAUCAACAAAGAUUAAUCUUUGCUGGAAAGCAGUUGGAAGAUGGACGUACCUUGUCAGAUUACAAUAUUCAGAAGGAGUCUACUUUACAUCUGGUUCUGAGACUUCGUGGUGGGAUGCAAAUCUUUGUUAAAACACUUACUGGAAAAACAAUUACUCUGGAAGUUGAACCCAGUGAUACUAUUGAAAAUGUAAAAGCCAAAAUUCAAGAUAAAGAAGGAAUUCCACCAGAUCAACAAAGAUUGAUUUUUGCAGGGAAACAGUUGGAAGAUGGUCGCACCUUAUCAGAUUAUAAUAUUCAGAAGGAGUCCACACUUCACUUGGUACUUAGGUUGCGUGGUGGCAUGCAGAUCUUCGUCAAAACUCUUACAGGCAAGACUAUAACCCUCGAAGUUGAACCCAGUGACACUAUUGAAAAUGUGAAAGCAAAAAUCCAGGAUAAAGAAGGAAUUCCACCAGACCAACAGAGGUUAAUCUUUGCAGGAAAACAGUUAGAAGAUGGGAGAACUCUGUCAGAUUAUAACAUCCAGAAAGAGUCUACACUUCACUUAGUCCUGAGGCUCAGAGGAGGAAUGCAAAUUUUUGUUAAGACUCUGACAGGAAAAACCAUCACCCUUGAGGUAGAACCCAGUGAUACAAUCGAAAAUGUGAAAGCUAAGAUUCAAGAUAAGGAGGGAAUCCCUCCAGACCAACAAAGGUUAAUUUUUGCUGGGAAGCAAUUGGAAGAUGGAAGAACCCUGUCAGAUUACAACAUUCAGAAAGAAUCAACCCUUCACUUGGUACUGAGACUGCGUGGAGGCCAAUAACUUUUCUUGUACUUCUCGCUGUUUUAAAUGUCAAAAAUAUUUUUUUUGUGAUUAUUUUAAUUUUUGUACUAUUUCAUUAAAAAAAAAAA